AUGACGUUUUGCCUGUACGAGUGUCUGAGAGCAGUUGGACUGCAGCAGCACUAUGCCAGGUUUACGUCAGCAGGGGUUUGUCGUGCAGCCCAUCUUUCGGAGCUGACUAUAGAGGACUACCCACACCUGGGAAUCUGCACUAUGGAGGAGAGAGCUCGGCUCUUUGAUCUGGUCCAGAUGAUCAAAAGUUUAGACUUGGACAUCCUUGGAUCUGAUGAAGAUGACAACUUCAAUAGCAAUGCUGCUGCUGCCCAAGAUGCUGAAAGCUAUGCUGUAGUGAAUGGAGAAUUCAACUGUGGUGACUCCAGAAAUCCUGAUGACGAUGCGGUUUUUGAAGUAAAGGCAGCAGCUAACUACAACUAUGGACUACCUCUGAAAGUCCCUGUAACUCCGAGCAAAAGGAGGGUGGGAGAGCAUCGCAUAACGGUUUGUGUGCGGAAAAGACCUUUGACACGUGUGGAGAGCAGAAGAAAAGAGUCUGACGUCGUGACGGCCCCAAGUGGAGAGUGUGUAAUUGUUCAUGAAAGCAAAGACGCUGUUGAUCUCUCUCCUUACAUACUGGAGCACAGGUUCUAUUUCGACCAUGUUUUUGAUGAGAGGAAUUCUAACGAGGAUGUGUAUCAAAAUACUGCCUAUCCCCUGGUGCAGCACAUGCUCAAUGGAGGCAAUGCUACUUGCUUUGCAUACGGCCAGACAGGCGCAGGGAAGACUCACACCAUGCUGGGCUCACCUCCCGGGAGACCGGGGUUGUAUGCACUGGCAGUCCGAGAUAUUUUCACGCACCUUUCUGCAACCCGCACACACCCAUCUCUGCAGGUGUUUGUCAGUUUCUUUGAGAUCUACUGUGGUCAGCUGUACGAUCUGUUGGACCACAGGAAAAGGUUGUUUGCAAGAGAGGACGGACAGAAGAUGGUUCAUAUUUCUGGGCUGCGUCAUGUCAGAGUGGACUCAGUUAACUCACUGCUGGAGGUGAUAUCACAUGGUACAAAAACACGCACUCAGGGGAUGAGUGGUGUGAAUCCAUGCUCAUCUCGCUCUCAUGCCUUGCUUCAGAUUCAGCUGAGGAACUCAAACCAACAGAUAGCUGGAAGAAUGUGGUUUGUGGACUUGGCAGGAAGUGAGAGAGCGUCAGAUACCAAAGAGCCAGACAAGCAAAGUCGCAUGGAGGGAGCUGAAAUCAAUCAAAGCCUGCUGGCUCUUAAAGAAUGCAUCCGGGCCCUCGAUAGAGAUCAAUCGCACACACCUUUCAGACAAAGCAAACUCACUCAGGUCUUGAAAAAUGCCUUUAUUGGUGACUCUAUGACAUGCAUGAUUGCCAAUAUAUCACCUGGACACGGAGCAACUGAGCACACACUCAACACACUGAGAUAUGCUGAUCGGGUGAAGGAGUUAAAGGGAAAAGGAGGACAGCGAGGAAGAAGAGGAAGUAAGACGGGGCCCUCCCCUAAACACAAUCUGUCCAACAGCAACAGCAGCAGAGGCAGCGGUUUUGGAGAAUAUGUACACAGGCUGGAGGAGAUCAUGGAGAAAAAGGCUCAGUGUGUUCAUAGCAUGCGAGCUCAGCUGCAGCCGUAUCUGAAGCCCAUUCAUUACAACCACUUAGAACAAAAACAAUAA